AUGGUACCGCCGCGCGAGGACGUGACGGUUCGGAUUGUGUGUGAACGACGCCGUACGGCAGGAAAGGAAGCCCGCCCCCCCCCAUCCGCCAAACCCACUCCCGGAAACACAUCAUCACAUCCCAACGCCAAAGAAACACAUCGUUCGAACGAACCAUUUUUUCGUUUGUACACUAAGCAGUCGCAUCGACGAAGCAUCAUGGCGUCAACACUUUGUGUCGUACUUGGAUCGGCUUCCUCCACGGAUCCUGCGGCAAUUUCCGCGGCAACCAUGACCGAUGCCGCGGCGAAAACCAUCCACGACGCAAUCUACGAGUCCCUCGAGUUGGUCGUCGUGGCCAGCGAGCUCGCGGAUGUGUACGACUCGAUGGAACUUUCCCGUUUUACCAAAAUUCUUUCCCCCAACGCCACCGUAUCUGUUUCCGUUAUUGGAGACGCCACGAAAUCGUUGUCGCCGAUUCAUACCAGUUUUCUGUUGGCCGGACUCGCCAACAAUUCGGAACGACGCAACGCGGACGGCUCGCGGACGCUUACCGCCACGCGUCGGAAUAACACAACCAAUUCGGUAGCUACAUUGAACUUUGCUAGCAACAACAACAACGGUAACGACUUGUUGAUCGACGAAGACAACUUGCUGACGGACGCCAGCAAUUUACUCGGUGCGCCACCGAGUAUGAGUGCCGCGGCGACCAAAUCGGGGGACGAUUGCUCCGGCCGCGCCCCCUGUGACGACUGUACCUGUGGUCGAGCGGAGGGAGCGAAAGAAGGAAACUCCGAACAACCCAAGGAAAUUAAGAGUAGCUCCUGCGGAAAAUGUUCACUCGGGGACGCUUUUCGGUGUGCGUCGUGCCCCUAUUUGGGCAAACCAGCGUUCAAGCCGGGCGAAGAACAUUUGGUAUUGGAUCUGCAGGACGAUUUUUAGAGCCAGCGUGCAAUUGCUG